AUGGAUUCGUUUAAAGUAUUUAUAAAUAUUUUCGAGAGAGCUGUGGUAGAAAGGAACGGCGCUAAUUUGUUGGAAAUAUUGAAAAAUAGUACAACAUAUUUUCAAAAUAUAGCGAAAGAUGAUAGCGAACUGGUGCUAUCUAUAUUAUUUGAUAAAAAUAAAGGCUUGCUCUGUUUUCUUAAUAAGGAACUUAAAAAAUCCACUCCUCAAAAGGGUUUUGAUAUGGCAAUAAAAGAAGCAUUUGGUCUUCUUGAAUUUGUCAUGGAACAAUUCCCUGAUAUAUUUGUACCUUACAUAGUUGAUGCAAAGAAUACAUGCCAACAGGCACUUGCAACACGGUGUUCAGCAUAUAUUCAGAAAGCUGCUAGCAGUGCCUUUAAUAAAUUGAUAGGACUCUUUAAGGAAUAUGAAAUUGACCUAGGUGAAACUAUAAAAAAGUUUGUAUCUUUGUUUCCUGCAGUUGAUAUUAAAGAAAGAAGUUUACUAUUUUCUGUUCUUGGAACAAUUACAAGACAGUGUUCAGAAACUCCAGAGAUACAGGAAUAUUCUAAUGUAAUUUUCCAGCAGUUAAGAAAUGACUUCAAAAAACAGUACAACCCAGAAACCAUGGCCAAAUCAAUUGAUAUAUUUCAAGUAUAUUUGGAUGUAUUUUCUAAUAUGUUACACAAACUUUCCAAUGAAAUGAAAGAAACAUAUUGUGAGGAACUGUAUAUAUGGGUUAAAGAAUUAAGUCAUCCUGACAGAUAUUCAGUUAAAAAAGUUUCAAUGAAAUCAGCAAUUAAUUUGUUAUCCAGGCAUAUGUAUCAAUUUCGUGAAUUCAUUUAUCGUGAUUACCAAUAUUGGUAUAAUCUACUAAUAAAGUUAGCUCAAGAUAAAAACGGACAAUACAAUGAAUGCGGUCAGCGUGCUUUAAAAAACUUCUAUCGAAUGAUCGGCAAUACUUUGAAGGACAAACAAUCUGAGGAUGAUAAAACAAUAUUCUUGUACUUUAAAAAUCUUUUUGAGGAACAGCUAAACAAUAAUCAACAAGUAAAUUCAAGUAUGCUACGUUUUAUUGUAUAUGGUUUUAGCCAAAUGGCUGCACCAUGUAAAAGAUAUCUUACUAAUGAUGAUGUGAAAAAUAUGUUUUCACUGAUAGCUAAUUGUGCUAUGCCACUUUGUUCCAGGGAAAAUAUAGAAAAAAUACAGUUGGAAUGUAUUUGUGACUACCAAGAAGCUCUAUCAGAAAUAAUAUUGCAUACAUCGAAUCUUUCAAUUGAUCAAAUCUUUAUAAUUACAAAGCUCAGUAUUCUUUUAUUUAAAAGAUUUCCUGACCUACGUAUAGUCGGCCAAGACCUUGCAGUAUCAUCGUUGAUAAAUACCAUCAUCAAUGUUGGAAUGAUUAAUAAAAUUUUCUUGGACGAGUUUCUUUAUAAUCUAAUUCCUAAUGGAGUAGCAUGGACUUGUUCCCAUACUUUAUUCGUUGAUGCGGAAUUAAAACGAGGAUUGGAUAAUCUUCCAGAGCGACCAUUAUGUUACAAAAAUUAUCUACCUUUAUGGAUACAAAUUUUGAAGUCAGAAAGAUACAGGGAGCACAGACAAAUUGCACAAGAUUUAGUUGAUACGUUUAUAAACGUGGGGAUCGCAUCAAUAGGGAAAUUAAAUCUGAACACUAAAACGAAAGAAGAUAACGUAUUCUCAGAUGUAGCCUUUUCUCAAAUUGCUGAGAAUGAGGCAGAUUUUCAAAUGUUCAUCAAUAUCGUAGAUCUAUACGUUGACGUUAUAAACGAAUUGGAGACAUUUUUACUGAUAAACACCCUACACAAAUUUCUAUUAAAUGUUAUCAGUAUAUCUUAUAAACAUCCUCUGGUAUCGGGUUUCUAUAAACUAGUACGUGCAACAUUUAAACACAUUUGCAGCUUAAGUACAGACGAAAUUGAACCAGAAACACUAGAAUUGUUGUAUAAGUAUUUAAUCGAUGUCUUAAAUCUGAUCCCCACGUUUUCCAACGAGUUGUUAACUACAUGCUUGUACUUAAUUCUAAACGUGCCGUUAAUGUACGUCGAACGUAUACUGGACAGUACAAUUACAACAUUUAAAAUCGCUUUCACUGUCGGUUUAAGCGAUUUCGAAUUAGCUUGUAAUACUUUGAAUGCAUUAGGAAAAUGGACAGACCACUUGGAUAAAAAACAUACAAAUGCAUUUUUACAAGAAAUAGUACCACUUUUGGAGCCAUAUUUACACAGUGGAGAAAGUUCUGUAGAAUUUUUACAGGACAUCAUAAAAACCGAACGAAAAGUUAUUAAACGAAUAACCCUAAGAGAUGACGAGAAUACUUUGGAAAGGUUUCAGAUGAGAGUUCUGACGUUUAUCGCCUCGCUUGACACCGAUAUAAUAAUGAAUUUCAUAUAUAAAAGAUCUAUGGACACUGGAGCCACUUGGGAUAAGAAAGAUUUGGUGAAAUACUCGUUGAUGUUCUCUGAUAUGCAAGUGGAUAUUCACUUCGAUAAAAUCUUGCCAAGACUAAUUUUACUAUCUCAAAAUUCUGGAGAUAGACGAACAAAAAUAAUUGCCUGUGAAAUGCUCCAUUCGAUAAUACAAUUUGUUCUUGGCAAUACAUCGCAGCAAUUAACAUCUAAUCCGGAUCGAUUCGUUCCCAUUCUCGUUAAAUUAUAUCCAGCUCUGCUGAAUUUAGGCUGUGAUUACGAUGAAGCAGCGAGACAAAUUUUCCAACCAUUAAUGCUGCAGCUGACACACUGGUUGAGCUCAAAAUUCAUGCUCAAAUCUCCAGCGACUAUAUAUUUUCUCGAUUCGCUUUUCGAAGGUCUGAACAACGACUCCAAUUCGUCUCUCCGCGAAUUUUCUGGAAUAUGUCUAGCCGAAUUUACUAAAUGGUCGAUAAAACAAUCCGACAGUAAGACAAACGUUGAAUCUAACAUUAAUGAAGUGAUAUGUAAAAUGACAAACUUUGCGCUUCAUCCGUCUGCUUCUAAACGAAUAGCAGCUGCAACAGCUUUCAAUCAUCUCUACACUAUUCUGCGCGAAGACGAGAAAAUUGUAUCUAUAUAUUGGUUCGAGAUUCUGUACAGCUUUGUGAAAAGUCUGAACGGUUGUAACGAUCCUUCAAUUGUCGCUGCACUUGACCACGUCGACAGAGUUCUAAUAACGAAGAAAAAUCUGUUCAAUGCGAAACACCAUAAUCGUAGAAAACCAGAUGAAUUUGAAGGCACGACGUUAAGCGAUGCUGUGAACUGGUUGUUCAUACAAUGCGGUUGCUUGGAUCAAUGUUGUCGAGCAAAAUGUAUGAAAUUAGUUAUUAAACUUUCCCAACAUGUGGCAAAUAAUAAUCUAGCUGAAACAAUGAUAAGUAAUUACAUCGAUACUAAUGGAAUCGAGGCGCUUAAUGUUAUACUAUUAAAUAAUCUUAAACCAAAGAUAGAAAGUUUAUCUCUUAACGGCAUGCUACCUCUUCUAAGAAGUUUGGAUUGUUAUAUAUGGUUAAUAAGAGAUGGUUUAUUGGAUGUGCAAUGUUUGUUUGGCAAUACAAAUCCGCAAAGAGAAGUAAUUUUCAACUGUGCGAGAAAUUUUGUUCACUUGAUGAAUAGAAUUAAAAUAGAAGAUAGAGAAAGUGGUGACUUGGUAACUUUGUCAAGAGAGUUUGAAGAUAUACAAACGUUGGAGUGUAAAGUAUUAUUGGCUGUGUUUGACUUUAUACAAAUCCUGUUGAAUUUUGAUGACACUUUCAUUCCAGACUUUUUAUUCAACAAUGAUUUGUUUGAGUUAAUUACAAAGUGUAUAAUGUAUCCACAAGUAAUAGGAUUUGGUGUGAAAAAUCUUGAAAUAACUAAAGCACUUCUCCCAAUUAUGGGAAAUCUGUUGAAAGCUAAUAGUUCUUUAAUGAAUCUGGUUAAGAGUGAAUUAUCGAUACACGUGGAGAAGUAUAUGAACGAUUUCAUUGAUCUAACUAAAAUUGUCUCUAGUAUGGACAAUUGUAAUAAACUUAAACAAUAUGUUAAAGGUUUAAGCUUCUUGGAACAUCAUAACAUCCUCAGUCAACUAAACAAUGCAAACGCAUUGAUUGAACAACGAGAAGACAAAGUUACGCGUGUUUUCAAAGUCUUGGCAACAAAAUGCACGGGAGAACUUAUUCGCGUAAAUAUAAAGCCAUCAAUAAAGGAUUAUCUCGAGACCUUAAUGGAUUUUUUGCUUAUGCACUACGAGCCUUCGAUGACACAGGCUCUAAUUAGAUUAAUUGAAAAUGAGACAAUGCUUGAUUCAGACACCAAAAAAAUCGAACACGGUAUAUGUUUUCUGAGUACGUUCAAAAAUCAAAUAUUUAGGUACAUGUUGAUGGAUAUGGAAAAAACUAUGGAAAUAUUUAACGACGUGUUGCAAAGGAAUCCCAGUCUUUUCUUAACAAUAGUGGAGCAGCUAUUUUUGUUUGUACAACAUCAUAAAAAGGAAUUGCAGGAUGAUGUAGAAAUAUUAGUGGAUACUGUGAUUAAAAACUUCACAGUAUUCCAAAGUGCUGUGAAUAAUCUGGAAGACAGAAAACAGAAGUUGAUCAACAUUUUCGGGAUUGCAGUUCAUCUGAAAGAUAAACCAAUUGAAAUAUUGUCUAUGAGUAAAGACUUUUAUAUGUGGAUACUUACUCAACUAAUGGACAGUUCGGAUAUAGAAUACAAGAUGCAUAUCCUUAAUAAUUUCCUGGUAUGCCUGACAGACAUGACAUCAGAAACAAAACCAGAAUUGCUUGUCAUUCUGCGUACUUUGAGAAGUGACAGACUCAACGUGUGGCCGAAUGAUUUUUCUCAGAGGAAUGUGAAAGCUCUGAAAAUAAUAAAAUGCUUCCAAACAUUAACAGCGUUGCUACCGGUCACUAAAUCGACCACAGUUUUCGAAUCCAUCAUUUCAUUCGCAUGCGGAAUUGCCGAACAAUUGUGUAACAAAGAAACAGACGAAUAUCUACAAAGAUAUUUCGCCUCGAUCACCACUGAUUAUGCCUUUAAUUCUCUACAAUUGGCGUACAAAUUAUUCAUGAAUUUGAAUACACCGACAAACGAAAGAUUCGACGUGUUGCGCAGUUUUCUUUUACCAUUGUUCGAAUUCUGCAAGACUGUCGAGAUACGUCGAUUCUUCGAAGAGAACAUCAAAGAGAUCCAUGCGAUUGUUUGUCAAAGUUUCAUCGGAUGCAGUUCAGAUAUGAGACAGCUUAUAGUAUCAAAGAUAGGCUGUUACGAUCUUGUUUCGAUUAUGUUCGCAAAGAUAGACAUAAGAGGAAUAGACAAUAUUGAGAGUGCGAUUACUCGAAACGCCAUCGAUAAUGUGGUCACUGGGAAAGAACUUUUGCAAAGUUUGUACAGCAACGCGUUAAAAGUACGCAUGUUGAAGACACCUGAAUCUGAGCAUAAAGAAAUCAUGAGACAGCUGCAUUGUUCAGCGUACAAUUGUUCCAUAGCUAUCGUGUCUCUGAAAAAUGAGGAAGAUUCUUACAUAAGUAUAUUUGCUGAGAACAGAAAGAAGGCACAUUUGAUUUGGGAGAACAUUGUGGACUGUCAGAAGCAAUACAACUUUCAGCAGACGGUUAAGGAGUACCCGAAAUAUCGUAAAAGAUUGAUCAAUAUCAGGAAGAGCUUGAAAGAAAGACAAACUUCUAAUCGCUACUCAUACAUUUACAGUUACAAUUUGUCCACCUGUACAUUGAAUGAAGACAUAGAUGCUUUUGAUUUUAAUAAAGCAACCUUGCACAACGAAUCGGACAAUACUGCCAAAGAAGAAAGCAUGAGUCUAACAUUUGAAAGCGACGAACUAAACAAUCACGAGUGUAUGGCUUCUAUUUGUGGAGUUUUGAGUCAUAUAAUAUCAGAAGAAAUAUCUGCACCACCGAUUAAUGAUUCUACGAUGUCACAACAAAUCAAUAACGAUAUUACAAUGCCAAAGUGGCUAAAGUGUUUUCUUACUUCUAUUACAUCUACCCGUUACGAUAACGUCAGGCUGUUCAUGUUGAAAGUUGUCUUGAAUAUGCAAACAGUGUUCAAGUCUUACGUGAAAUUUUUCCUGCAGCCGAUAGUGUACGUAACGUACUCAUACUUGACAGGAAAUCAGUUGAACUAUAUUAUCGUCGACGUUAUAGAAAUGUUGAUAGAUUGGCAGACUUCAUCUUCUCAAGAAUCAGCUGAAAGCACGAUUAACGAGAACAAAGUUGCAUUUCAACGGUUAUGGGAGAUAAUUAUACGAAAAGCAAUGGUGAAGAAGACCAAAGAAAUUUCUAGAGCUGUUUAUACGUACAACAUGAGCAUGAUAAAGACAAUGCUUGAAGUGUGGCAUUUGUACUUGAAGCUGCCUUCCAAUUUAGAGGACAAGAUGAAAACUGCACCUGCAGCUGCAGUGUACUUGAUAUUAAUCUGUUUCAUCAAUGGAAUGGAGAGAGACAUUAUUCAAAGGGAGGAUAUCUUAGAAUUUCUAGAGAAAUCCUUGGAGAACUGGAAAGAUGAUGAGGAAACAAUUUUACAGUGUUGUGAAUGCUUUGGUUUAAUCUUAAAGUAUCUGGACACUGAUGUUGCCUUAGCAAACAAAAAGUGUGCCAUAAUCGACAAAGUUCGAAGUAUAUUGAGACAGAUGCAAGCACGUUUUGAAAAUAGGCAGAUAAAGUGUAUACGUGCAUUGUGUAAAAAUUAUCCAACUGCAGCAAUGAUGUAUUUCGAAUUUGUCACUGCAAACAUAUUCAGAGUGGACGCUCAGGGCAAGUCAAAUUGUUUGGAAAUAUUUUUGCUGUGUAUACCGAAUCUUAGCGUGGACCAAAUAUUAAUGGAACUAACUCACAUGAAGUUUGACGAUUUGUUGAAAAAUAAGAUUUUACCCUGUGAGAAGGUAGCAUUAAGGGUUAUCGAUUCUCUGGUUCCCGUACUUCCUCCAUCAAACGUUCUAUCACUGACAACUAUGGUACCGCCUUAUGCGAAGCAUGGAUCUUCCGAAUUCAGAGAAAGUGCUUAUAAUAUAUUUAUAAAUAUCUAUAAAAAAUAUGCAACAGAUACUUCUGAAGACUUCUGGACCUAUGAUGCACAAUUAAAAACUACUUUCAAAGAAAGGUUACUGGAAACUUUAGAUAUAUACACUCCCAGUGCUAGUCAGAAUUUUUUGCCAUUCAUACUUUUGCUGAUCUUAGACCUUACCAAGAAAUCUAUGAGUUAUGCACAGAAGAUGUUUGGACCUCUACACAAUUGCAGCUAUAGGGAAUGCAAAAUAGCUCUCUCAUGGAGAACAAAGAAUUUAGGAUCAAAGGCUCCGCUUUUCGCUCCGUCUUUAACUAGUCAAAUGAAUCAAACGUUCACUCAGAUGAGCGCUACAUUGUCAAACAUAUCUUCUGAUUUUACAUACUCAAGAUCAAACUACGUUUCUAACGCUGAGAUAGAGCUUUUAGCGACUCAGGAGCCUGAGUUUGAACCAACUUACGUCGGCGAAGAAUUUCAAGCAACGUUCAGCAAUCGAGGGGAGAAUGAUACGUUUAAAGAACCAAAAGUGCCACAGCCUGCCUUCACAAAAAGGUCCAAGCGAUUUUUGAGCAGUAUGACAGACGUUUCUGCGGUUAUACGGCAGAAAGAAAUCAUGAAAAACAUACAGCGUGUGGAAAUGAUAAAGGAGGAAGGUGUUCGACAAAGAAGCAGCGUGAAGCUGUACAGAAAAUACAGAAUAGGUGAUUUUCCAGAUAUUGAGAUAUCUCAUGCCGCGUUGAUCGAGCCAUUGCAACAAUUAGCAAAGACAGAUCAGCUUAUCUGCAAGGAUUUAACAGUUUCUAUCGUUUGUUCGUUGCUUCAAGACUGUAAACCUGAUGGCUUUGUAGAGAGAUUCGCAGAUAGAAUGAAGUAUAUCGUAGAAAACGAACAAGGAAGCAAUUUUACUUUAACUGCAGUCUUAGAAAUAUUAUUCAACACUCGUAUAACAAACUGUCCGCCAGAGGCUGUUGCGAAAGCUUCGAGAUCGAACAGUUUGAACUUCCUUGGAUCGCUUGUUUUAGAGGAAAGUAUAAUUCACGGGUCAGUUGGUUAUAGACCGCCUACAAAGAAGAUACGAAGCGAAGGUGUGAGCGAUACAACCUCUGAAUGGUUGCAGUUAACGAAUAUUUACGAAUCUAUGAACGACAUUGACGUGGUUCUCAGUAUUUUUCAGAAUCACAUCACCAACGAAUACAUGCAGAUUGCAUCGUUCGCUCAAGCAUCGAACAAUUGGGUAAAAGCAAAAGCAGCGUACGAGAAGGUGUACGAAACGGAAUCAGACUUGAUGAAGGAAUACUGUGUUCAAGGUUUGUUCGAAUGUUUGAGCAAUCUAUGCUGCUGGGACGAAAUCGACAGCCAUAUAAAAGGCAAACUGAACAAAGACAAGGAUAACAUUUGGAACGAUCCGUGGAGAGAUUGGAUGUUUCCAUGGUUGUUCGAAGUAAAUGUACGUAAAUUGAUAGACGAAGACGAAAGCAAAGAGUUCGAAGACGACGUGAAGAUCAUGGAAUCUUGGUUGAACGACGAUGCUAAGGUGGAGCACAUCAAACGAUUCUACGGAGAAGAAUCGUUCAUGUUCUUCUGGCCCAAUAAACUAGAGAUUGCUCGUGAAUUUUUGUUGAACACUUUGGAUGAGAUAAGGGAACAGUGGAUCAGGCUUCAUCCUCUCUCCACUCAGCUGAGGGUUCGCAAACUGCAAAAGCUGCGGAUCAUCAACGAUCUGAACCGGUUUAUAAAGAUCUUCAAAACUGCAGAAUCACCGUGCGAUUUGAAGAAAGUCCUCAAGUUCUGGAGCAACAGCGUGCCUUCUGCUCAAGAUGCUAUACUCCCAUGGGACAAGUUAACGUCCUACAGGAUCUAUUUCAUUAAUUCGUUACUCAGUAACAAACUGGAAGAGUCGAACGAGAACGAGACGCAAAGCGACGCAGAAAGUAACCACGACGACGAAGAAAAUGGUAUUACUCGUGAGCUACACGCGACCACGUUUCGCAUCAAAUCAAAGAUGAUCGAGGCAGCGUUAAAUCAGAGAAAUAAAUACAUAGCAAAGAAGUAUUUGUUGCAGUUGGAACGAGACAAGAAAAAUUAUUCAGCGGACUCGAUACACCAGAACUACUUAAUUGGUGCUAAAAUAAAGAACCUAACAGGAGAGGUUGAGACAAACAUGAAGAAGAAGUUAUCGAAUUACGCUUCUUCCUGGAAAUAUUGCCACAAUCUUUUACAGAAGGACAAUCUUGAAAGUACCACGAGUGGUAACGUUCGAAGGGAAAUCAGUAAGAUAGCAUCGAGAAUCGUGCAGUUAAGCGAAGAAGACGAAACGUUUGCAGAAUUGUUGAAGGAAAACAGUUUAAUUUUGAAAGAGAUAAACCUUGAGAGUAAUGAUUUACCUGCCAUAAGAGAUGCAUUGGAAGCUUACAGCUUGAACAAUUUGAAGAUGUGCUGUGAUACAACGACCACAAAUAUCAAAGAGUGCUAUUUUACUCUUUCAAAGUAUUGCUACGACAGACUGUCACGAAGUGAAAGCGACGUUCAAUUGAGCAAAGAAUUUGUCCAUUCUAUAUUGAAAGCAAUGAGUUACGGAUCUCUCGAGGCAGCUCAUUAUUUCCCUUGUUUGUUAAAACCUGAGUAUUUCAACGAUGAAGAAACAAAGGAUAUUUUCAUGAAAGAAAGCAAAGCUGUUCAAACUUGGCUGUUUCUUUCUUGGCAGGCUCAACUGUUCUCUAAUUUAGGAACGUCGAUCGCUCCCUUAAUUAUACCUAUUCUGAAACGUAUCGUUGAAACAUACCCCAACGCGGUAAUUUACACGUUUCGUUUAACCGUGGAAACGAACCCUACUCUUCUGAACGAGACCAGCACUUACGAGAUUCGACAGAUUCUUUACGAAAGACCUGAAAUCGAUCGGUUUCUAUUAGCGAUGCAAUACGUGGUUCAACCAGAGUUAUACUUGCAACAUUAUUUGGUAGAAUUGGCGAAGAAUCUCUCACUUGGUACUGCUACGGCUGUGAACGAACUUCUGAAGAAGGUGUAUCCAAGUGGAAGAGAAAACAUUGGUAAUCCAACGCAAGGUAGCAUCUUCGGCAAGAUUUCAGCAUAUAAAAGUAAGAUAAACGAAUUGAUACACAAGAAACCUGAAGAACUUAAGCUACGAAUAGAUCAAAUGUCUAAGAGCAUUAAAGAGUCACUUCAAAAACGUAGAGACACGUUUGCAUUACGGGAUUACAGCCCGUGGUUGUGCAAUUUCUCUCAUAAAGACAUAGAGAUACCUGGCCAAUACACCGGCGACAGAAAACCGAUGCCACAAUAUCAUACGAGAAUUAUGAAAUUUGAGCCUACUGUAAAAGUAAUGCGAUCGCUGCGUAAACCUAUUCGAAUUACGAUGAUUGGUAACGACGCGAAGGAAUAUCAUUUUCUGGUAAAAUUCGGCGAGGAUUUGAGGCAAGAUCAGAGGUUACAACAAUUGUUCACCAUUAUGAACAAAACGUUGUACAUUGAUACAGCAUCUAGACAAAGACAAUUGUCUAUUGAUACUUAUCAGGUGAUUCCCCUGUCCAAAACAGUGGGCCUUAUACAAUGGAUAGACAACACCAGGUCACUGCAAGAAUUAAUAAAUUUCACACUAUCACCGCAACAAAUAAAACGAAGCAACUUGAUACCUGAAGAUUAUCAGAAAUGGAUGCAAAAGGCUGCAGGUUACAAGGAGGCGUUGUCGAAGUACACCGCUACGAAUGUUAUUGCUAAAAUGAAUGUAUUUAUCAGUCAAACAGAAUGGGACAGUUUGCGGAAAACAUUGAUAACUUUAUGUCCGACCGUGGAAAGUUUCGUUACCAUGCGUCGCAAUUUUAUUACCUCGUACGCAACAAUGUGCAUCGCACAUUGGAUCUUGGGCAUUGGUGAUCGACAUUUACAGAAUACUCUUAUCGUUGUCAAUUCAGGACGUUGUUUAGGUAUCGAUUUUGGAUUAGCCUUUGAUGCUGGUGUUGACUUGAGGAUACCUGAAUUAAUGCCUUUCCGUUUAACCUCCCAAAUCUUGGGUUUACUGAAACCCUUCACUGAAAAGGAUCUUUUAAAAAUGAUAAUGAUACACGCGUUACGAGCAGUUAGAAACGAACAGGGACCUAUUCUUUCUUGUAUGGACGUUUUUGUUCAUGAACCGUUAAAUUGGACUGAACAUGUGAACAGGGCAUUGAGAGAAAAUGAAGAAGAGGCUGCUGAUGUCAAAUGGGUGCCAUUAAGAAAGAUUCAAGCGGUUAAAAAGAAGCUGAAUGGAAUCAAACCAUCUUUGAUCACGUUACAUCAAGUAAGAGAACAACACAAUGACAAAUAUUUCGACAGAUAUUGGGCUAUAAUUACCGGCGAUGAUGAUAUCAAACGAAUACGAGCAAAAAUGAAGGACAACUUUUUAACUCCCGAAGAACAGGUCGAAUGUUUAUUGGAUCAAGCAACUGAUCUAAAUAUUUUAGGUCGUACGUAUGUAGGAUGGAAACCAUGGCUUUAA